AUGACUAACAUAUUAUUAAUAUAUAUAUUAACGAUUGAAAACAAAGAUUUGAAAAUUGAAUAUAUAGAAGUUAGAGGUGUUAUUUAAGAGUUUUUGGACUAUUUAUAAGAGAACAGUCAAAUAUUUUCAUGCAGAGAUAUUGGAACAAUGUUUGAUUUUUUGCAAUUUUUUAUUUAAAACAAUGAAGAAGAAUUUUAAGGAGAUAAUAAUUAAUUUUAAGAAAUUAAAUAGCUAGUAAAGUAGAUAAUGAUGAAGUAAUUGAAAAGGGAAGAUUAAAGUAUAAAAACUUAUUAAUAUCCUCAUAUAGCAUCUAUCAAUGAAUAUGUUUUAUCAGUAUAAAGUUAAGAUAAAAAUAGAGAAAAUUUACUUGAGUAAAUUUCAAAGAAUGAUAUUUUAAGUUAAAUAUCUUUUAUAUGGAUUUUAAAAUACUAAAAAUUUGGACAAAUAUUUGGAAUUUAAGAGGAAGAAGAGUUAAUAUUUUAUAUAGAAUAGUUUAUCCGAUAUAGUCAAUGCUAAGUAGAAAUUACCUUACUUAAUUAUUUUCUAAUUUAAAUUAUUAGGGUAUUUUAAUAAACUAAAUAAUAAUAGCAAAAUUAAGUUAUUUAUUGA